GUUGGGGGGAAAACAGCGGCAACGCGGAGAUGCUGAGCGGAGGGGUUUUCUGAUCGCCCUUCGGUGUUCAAUGACAUGAGCACAUUUGCUAAAACAACAAAUUAUGGCAGGGAACCUCAGCUGCUACGAGUUUCAAAAUACCCCUGCCGCAUAAAAAAGCCGCAUUGUUGACCAAAACUGUAACCGUGAGCAGCAAUAAUGCGAGGGGCGGACAGGAGCCGCAGGUCUGCCGUGAUUGUGCUCUGCGUGCUGGGAUGCGCUUUAUGGACGGCGACCGCUAAAACACUGCAGGAGAACACCGAUGCCAAAGAAGUGGUGCUGAAGGUUCACCUGAGUGACUCCAGCACUCAUCAGCCUCUGUCUGGCGUCACGGUGGAGGUCUUCACCAACCACACUCCUGUUUCCUCUGAUGUUUCUGGUGCAGAUGGCAAUGCCUUCAUCCGCUUCCCCUAUCGACUGGUUGACCUGCUUGUAGUCACCGCUACCAAGCGUGGUUAUGUGCCCAACUCUGUUCCGUGGAGACCCAGCAGGCUGCCUGUGUUUUCAUCUCUCAGUCUGGAUCUGCUUCCUGAACGAGCUGCUACUCUGAUGGUUUAUGAAGAUGUGGUGGAGAUUGUCUCUGGAUAUCAAGGCCCAAAGUUGCAGCCGCGGGUUCAGUUCCAGAGAAGAGCAUUGAGUCUUCCUUCUAAUGCAACCUACACCAACCUGACGGCCUUCCUCACCGUGAGCAGCUCCACACAGGACACGCAGUACUUUCCAUACCUGCAAGGGCUUCAUCCAAACUUCACAGGCAGUGAGCGAAAGUUCGAGCUUACUCCUAUAGCUGCGCUCAGUGUCCAUCUUCUGGGCAGUGAUGGGGUGGAGCUUCACGUCAGUGAGCCAAUCAGUGUGAGCGUCCCUCUUCCUGCAAACAGUGGCUUAAAAGAGAACGAUCACAUUCCGGCAUGGAGGUUUGACCCUAAACUGGGUGCCUGGCUGAAGAGCAGUCUGGGAUAUGUCCAGAGAGAGGGGAAGCAGUUGACUCUUACGUACAUUGCCCCUCAGCUUGGCUAUUGGGUCGCAGCCAUGUCUCCUAUCAACACGGGUCCGGUGGUAGCAAAGGACAUUAGCACUUACCACACAGUCUUCCUGCUGGUCAUACUGGGAGGAAUGGCCCUCAUACUGCUCUUCCUGCUCUGCCUGCUGCUUUACUAUUGCAGGAGAAAGUGUACCCGUUUGCGGCCUGCCCAUCGGAAGUUCACAUUAUCCUCAGCUUUGGAUGGCUCUAAACGAGACCAGGCUACUUCCAUGUCCCAUCUUAACCUCAUCAAUGAGACUCACCUUGACCAGAACGGGGCAGAGCCGGACAUGCACACACCUAUGCUUAAACCCACUCCCUACGACUCCUCCACCAAUGAGCUUGCAACUUCGCGUGGCGAGCUUCAUAGCCGAGGAUCCAACCACUACAAACACUCAGUGGAAAUAUUUCCUCUCAAAUCGGCUUGCUCAAACAAUCCCUCUGAAGGUUAUGAUUCCCCUGCAGGACGAGGGGAAUACCGACGGAGCUAUACGUCCAUUACAACUUCAUCCGUCCAUCCCCUCCACAUGUCUGUCUCCUCCUCUUCGCCUCAUACGUUACAUCACACCACCUCUGCAGGACGUCUCUCUUCGGAGAGUAAAUCAAGCUUGCGUGAUCAACGUCUCUCUCCUGUUUCGGCCACAAGUCCUGCCGGAUCUCCAGAACGGGAGCAAGGAAUUGAGCGACGAACAACUGAUUACUUGUUGUCCCGCUCUGUAGACCAUCUAGAGCGUCCUGCUCCACUUCCCCGACCUGGAGCCCUGCUCUGCUGUACCUCCGAACUUGUAGUGAAUAAAGGGGAAGAAACCUACCGCAAGGCUCGCCCCACCCUUGUCAUCCCAGCUCACUACAUGAGACUACCAGGGACGCACCCUCUGUCCGGACAGGCACUGCUGCUGCAGUCGGAUGAACAGAGCGAAUUGGAAACCAUUCAGGCAGAGCUUAGUGCAUGCCACCAGCCCCAGGGUCAGAUCCUGCACUCAUGGGCCAAGGUAGAGCAGGAAGGAGGGACACAAAGGAUCGGGGAUGACCGAGGCGGAGGAGUUGAUGAGUGGACACUGCAGACAGCAGCUCUUCCUGCCGAUCUCUCCAUCCCCAAUUCUCUCAGUCAGGCAGGACUGGAUGUGGUGCAGAUGAACGGAGAAGAUCAGCUUCUGGCUGAAAAGACUUUAAUGGAGCUCAGAGGUGGAAAACCGCUACCACACCCCAGAGCUUGGUUCGUUUCUCUGGACGGACGCUCCAACGCACACAUCCGCCAUUCCUACAUUGACUUGCAAAGGGCAGGAUGCAACAGCAGUUGUGUCGGAAGCAACGAUGCCAGUCUGGACUCUGGUGUUGAUAUGAGCGACGUCACACCAGGGCGGCGUAUUCGUGAUAAAGUUGUUGUUAAAACUGAACCUGAGGCUCCACCUGCAGUACCUGUGGUUGGAUAUACGCCGGUAUUGUUUGUAGAGGAUUCAAAUGCUGAUGAGGAGAACAGCGGUAGCCCCACACCAGUCUGCAGCCCUGAAGAAAGUGCUGUAAAGGGUUUACUGCAGGAGAAAGAGAGCGAGGAGGAUGACGAAGGGACUUUGUCACCUCCGACACCUCCACCUGAGAUUCCUUCACCACCUCCUCUACCUGAGCCUGCGGUGGAAACUUCAGAGGAUACAGGGAUAGAUGGCGAGGUUUUUAGGACUGAGGAGAAUCAAAUACACAUGAACAGCAGCCGGCCAGACAAACUGGUCGUCCCUGAUGACGGAGGUGAAGACGAGAACAAGAAGAGUCCAUGGCAGAAACGAGAGGAGCGACCACUACUGGCCUUUAACCUAAAAUGAUACGCCUUUCAAUGGGAUGGUACACCCCAAAUUCUGUUAUCCUUUACUCAUUCUCAUGUCGCUACAAACCUAUUUGACUUGCACAGACAAAAGUGUGUCUUUUUACCUAUUAAAGCAAUCUUCUAAAUAUUGUACUUUACCCUGCAGAACUUCAUCUGGGUUUACAACCUUAUGAAGCAGAUUAAAGGAUGACAGAAGCUUUGUUUUGGGAUGAACUAUCCCUUAAAGUGCUUCCCCUGUGGUCCUUAGCUGGACUGUUGAAUGGAGUUGCCUUAUGAGCGCAGGUCUGUGCGUGGCUGUUUGCCUGUGGCAAUGAAAGCCAAGAAAGCCAUAGCACAAAUAGAUAUUGGAACAGGUCUGCCUCAAGACUGAGCAAGGAAGAACAAUCUGAUGUUUCCAAGCAAAAUGGACGCC